AUGGGUAAUGAUGGUGGUAGCAUCCCGACGCGAAGAGAGCUGGUCAAAAAUGCAGCACGAGCAUUGAAUACAUCGGAAUUCAAAGCCAAAGAGCAAGAAGCUCAAGGGCACGCGUGGACCUAUUGCCCCCUCUCGAAUCGACCCCUCGUUGCGCCUAUCGUCUCCGACUGCGCAGGCACAUUAUACAAUAAGGAUGCCAUACUUGAGCAGCUGCUCCCAAAAGAUGAUGAUGUACCGGCCCCAGUGAUCAAGGAGAAAGAGGAGGUGUUGCAAGGCCGAGUCAAAGGGCUACGAGACAUUGUCGAAGUCAAAUUCACAGUCGUAAAGGAAGGCAAAGAGGAAGAGAAGAAGAUCUGUCCAAUCACCAGCAAAGAGCUUGGUCCGACUACGAAAUCUGUUUACCUCGUUCCCUGUGGGCAUGCAUUUUCAGAUGUGGCGAUUCGGGAAGUAGCUGGAGAUACUUGCGUGGAAUGUAACGAACCAUACAAGAGCGACGAUGUCAUCACCAUAUUGCCUCUGGCGAAAGAAGAUAUCUCGAGGCUGGCAGCGAGAAUGGCUAAGUUGAAGGAGUCAGGGCUCACUCAUUCGUUGAAAAAAGCACCCGGCGCAAAGAAGAGAAAGAAGAACGCCGAAGCUGCAGAACCAACCGAAACAUCCUCCGCGAACGAACCAACCUCAAAUCCAAAGACGAAGUACAAACUGGUUGGUAAUGAUAAGGUCAAAUCCAGCAGUGGUGCGUCGACCCCAAAUGUCACAUCAAAUGGCAUUAAGAAUGCUGCAACAGCAUCUCUUACAGCCAAAGUGUUGGAUGAGCAAGAGGAACGCAACAAGAGGCGCAAACUAGGUCUUAAUGAUAAUCUGAAGUCGUUGUUUUCAAGUGGGGGAUACAGCGCACAAGCACACAAAGGUGGCGAUUUCAUGACUAGAGGAUUCUCUCUUCCCAAGAAGACUACAUGA